UGAUCAUUUCUGUGUGAAACCGGAGCAGACAGAAGAGGUUGUUAAAACUGGAUCUAGUUUAUCUUGAGUCUCCUUUAGUGAACUAAACUGUGAAGCCAAGCUGCAGACACACAGCCAACAGUCUGGACUUCCCACUCCAGCCUCUUUUACGACCAGUGAGACUGGACUCUAUCUGUGUGUGAUUUGAACUCGUCCUGCCUGGUGGAUCAAGUUGUUUGUGCGCUUACAAACGCUUUUGGGGGAUUUUACGCACACUUCGGAGGAGAAAACCAACAUGAAAACACUCGUUUUGGCAUUUUUUUCGUAACAGUAAGCUGACACAGCAAGUGUGAAACCUGCAACUCGGUAAUCAUUUCUCACUCUGAGUCAAUUAUUACACCUGGCGACCCUGAGGACGCGUUGUGCCAAAAUGUUUCCACAGUGUCCCUGGAGGCGCGCAUGUGCCUCGGUGUCCAAGAUGUGGACUGAGUGUGUGACUCUCCAACAUUUCGCUGGAUUAUAACAGAGGGCAGAAGCUUCAACUAUCGUCUUAAGUUCAAAUAUUCAUAUUCAAGAGAAUCAAAGACCAUAAAAGCGCACAGGUUUACUGUGAUUUUUUUGGCACACCACAUCUCCACCAUGUUCCCUCCACGGAUCCUCGUCCUGCUGCUGCUGCUGCUGGGCUGGCCGGCCGGGGCGGUUCGAGUCCGGAAGAAGGCCACUAGGACCCGGUCGUGCCUGGAUCUCCCGGAGGAGAUCCUGGAGCAGAUGUUCGGGCGGCUCUCUGUGGGAGUGAUGAGCGCUUUCCACCACGCGCUGGAGCUCGAGCCACAGGAGAAACUCAACCUCACGUGCCCGGCGGCAGUAGCACGCUCUCCUGCCGACAGCAAGACCCGCCUCCCGGUCAACCUGCUCAGCAUCUCCCCCUGGGCCUACAGGCUCUCCUACGACCCGGCCCGGUACCCCCGCUACAUCCCGGAGGCGUACUGCCUGUGUAAGGGCUGCCUGUUCGGGCCCUACGGGAAGGAGAGCUCGCGGUACCGGAGCACCCCGGUGUACGCGCCCUCCGUCAUCCUGCGGAGAGCCGGGUCAUGUGCGGGGGGGCGGCACUCCUACGCCGAGGUGUACGUCUCCAUCGCGGUGGGCUGCACCUGCGUCCCUCUGCAGGAGAAAGAGAGGGAGGGGAGCAGCAACCAGAGCCUGCAGAGAGCCGAGAAAAAAGCCAGAGAGGGAGGGCCCAAAGGGAGGAAAGUGUGAAGAAGCAGGACUGAGGAUUAAGCUUUCAUACACCUGACUCACUUUGUGUUGGGUCAUCAUCUCUCCCUACUGACAUUUGAAGCAAUUUAAGUGAAUGGUACCUGCACACAAGAAGCCCCUGUGACUGUCCUUAAGAGUCAAAGUGAAUAUUUGGAUGAUAAAGGGUUUUUGAUCUAUUUUCACUUAGAAGCACAUAAGGAGCAUUUUUUGGUCUGCUUUGUUCCUAAAUAAGACUUUUAGCCGGUCCACUUUAAUCUAAGCUUCAAUUUCAUGAUUUCUUGACUGAAAAAAGAUUCAAGCUUCAUUGUCAAAUGCACAAACGCUACAGUGCAGUUAUUGACAACCAAUUGUAAAAGAAAAAUUGUGCAAUAAAAUCAGAAAAAUUGAAAAAAAUGGUCCAAGAAAAAUGCAGGAAUAAGUAAACUGUGUGCAUGUAAGAUAAAAUACAAUACAUGAGAACACUUGUUUGUAAUUUGGGUGGAGCCAAACCUUCAAAAGUCAAAGAAACAAAUGUUGAAUGGUGGAAUGAAAUGUGUCAUUAUCAGCUAUAACCUGAUCAAUGCUGCCACCUACUGAUGUAUAAACACACUUUAAUAAAGACUUGACAGCACCUUUUACAGCAACAGAAGAAGUUAGUAAAACAUUGUAAUAUGUCCAUCAUCAUACAGUCAAAGAUCCAAGGUCCAAAUAUAUUUAAUUUAAAUUGAUAUUAAAAACAUUUGAGAAACUGAACCCAUUGAAUAUUUGCUUGAAUACUAACAGAAACUACGAACCAAAAUUAUUAUUCCCAUGGUUUGAAUAACUGUUUUUUAUCAAAAGCCAGCAGAUGAUGAAGUAGUUGUUCAUCUUUGAGUCCUUUAUUCACAAGUCCAGGUUGUGAUCCUCCUUUAGUCUCUCUCUCUCUCUCUGGAUCAGUCAGAGGUUGAGGACAGCAGCCGAGACGGAUAGUUGACGAAACAGCGAAACUCGUUGGAUAAGUUCUUGUUGUGUUUUGGCAGGAAGCUGCACAUUUUCACAUCCAGGAGCUCUUUGGCCACUUUCUCCAUGAUGGCUCCUGUAACACAAACAUAUAAAAAGGUGCUUGUUUACCAGGAGCCAAAAAUAGUUUCCUACUCCCAAAAGACCUGGUAAAUAAAGUUUGUAAAAACAC